AAAUGGGUGAACCAUGUUUGUAUUUGUUUUAAAGAAAUGUUUCUGGAAGAUAAGCUGAGAAACUGCCUUUGCUUUGCUUUUAAAAAAAACCUCUCAACUGGUAAUUGUGGUAGAUUUGUAAUAUUUGCAGUACUAUAGGAAAGUCACUUUCUCAGCAUAUACAACAGCUGUCGUGUUUUUUGGAUCUUGCCUUGUAAUAAUGAGCCUAAAGCGUGUGCAUGUGAGACUUUGCAUGUUGUGGUGUUAGUGUGCAUUAACUCUGAAAUCAAAUCGUGUUUACCAAAUAAUCUCCAGUCUGCUAUGGAAUAAUUUUAAACCAUGAUAUUUUGCCCAGAUAUGUAGAUAAUCUGAUGAUGUAAAUAUAUUCAGCACAGAAUUGGUUGUAGUGAUGAGCAGUUAUGAAUUAUAAUUCCCAGUAUCUAAAUGGAAUUUAUAAAGAGAUACUGGUCCGCAUUCAUAUUUAUACAAACUUCAGAAAAGCUAUGUCUAAUAACCUUAGUUGAAAAUAUAGUUUUAUAGCAUUUUGAAAAUGUUUACAUGUGCUAAAUAAGAAAGAACAUUACUCUAAUGGGGAGUUUUUGAAACAAGAACAUCCAUUUGCUUAAUAAAGCUUAACAUGCAUUCAGCUGUAUCAUGUUGACUUGGUCUAGGAUGCGACUGACAGAACAUUCUAGCUCUUUGUAAAAAUAUAAGUAAACACACCUGUCACCUGCUGAUAACCUGCUGUCAGGAUAACCGGCUGUCAGGUACGGCUGAAUGUCUGACGUGUCUGAUGCAAGAAGCACUCCAUCUGUGGCAUGCAUGUUAUAAUAGACACAUCUGCUUAGCUUUAUUAUUAACUGCUGCUAUGUGAUCUCGAUCAAAGACCAAAUGGGAAACUGCUGCUUUUUUAAAAGUUACGCAUUUAAUAUUCGUUAAGAAAGGAGGAAGCGUUUAAUACAGAUUUUUUUUUUUCUUUGCCAAAAUUGGUUCAGAUGUUUUGGCUCCAUCUAUUACUACCACAUUCUUUUGCAUGUGUUUUUGUUUUUGUGUCUUUUGGCUAGACAUUGACUUGUCCUGUGCUGUUAUGCAGUGUUUACUUUGGGGCUGCUGUGGCCAUCCCAAAAUAAUUUUACAUAAUAACAGUAUUGCUUUCAUACUCUUGAAGUGCAGAAAGAUAUAGUUAUUGGUGAUGGGGCAUGACAGCUCUAAGUUUUUACAUGGGUAUUCAGUGGUGUGAUGCAAGGUGCCCUCACACUGCAAAUUAUGUCUAAAUAUUUGAAUGCAGCAAUGUCUGUCUACUUUUCUCCCUAUUUUCCAAAAUUUCAUGUCAAUGUUUUCAAAAUCUGUCGAGGCCAGUGGUUGUCAAUCAAGUCCUUUAAAAGCACCUGUCAUUCCAUAUAUUUGUACAUGUUCAUUGAGGCUCAUUUGACCAUGAUUCUUGUACAUCAACAGAACUCCUAGUGGAAUGGGCUAAUUAUGUGGAAUGACUGCUUAGGCUUGGUUCAUAAUCCACACUACAAAUUCAGAGUAGGUAGGAUAAGUGCUUCUGUUAAAUAGGAAAUUGAUUUAGCUACAUUUUAGUCUAGAGAUAAAGCUAGUCAAAUUGGAAGCUUUUUGUUUAAAUUUUCCCAAAUAAACCUGCUUUUCUGAGAUCCUCAGCAACUGCCAGUUGCUAAAGGUCACACUGCUUCAACUCAUCUCAGCCAUAGUAAAGCAGCUACCAUUGCACCACUAAAUCCAUGUAAGGUUUGAAACGUUUGGUGUGAAGAAGCAUGCCUGAGAAGCCUUGGACCUACAGACUGAAGGACAACCCAUCCUUCUGUUUUUGUUCCUCUCUGUCUCCUCCUCUGACCCUGCUUUAGUUUUCUACCAGUGGCUAUCUCGAAGCACAAGACUGGCAUUACUCUCAUGCACACAAUGCUAUACUGGGUCCAUUUGGUGAACUGAUGACUGAGGAUGACCUCAUUCGCAUUGAGAGACAGAUUGAGAACCUCCAAGUUAUGCACAAAGUGACAGAGGUAGAAAAAGAGUUGGAGCAGCUAGAGAAAGAAUUACAUCAGCUUCUCCCUGUGUCUGCUGCUCUGACUCAGGACCACUUCUCUGUCAACCCUAAACAGGUUCAUGGCCAAGCAGAGGACCUUCCUGCUUGGUGUAGCAAAAUUUCCACACUUCUUAAAAGCAUGGCCAUCCUCCUUGCUACAUUAGGUGGUAAGGAAAUUGACAUUCUGGAAAUGAUUAAUCAAGGAUAUACAUAUGAAGGUUUAACAGGUGGGAAGGCAGACACAACGUCCGUUACCUCAGGCAAUAUUGGUCGAUCACAGUCUUUCUCAACCCGAGAGGAGGUGGAGAAGGAACUCAAGCAAUGUGGUGUGUCAGUGAAAAAUCUGAAGGCCAAUUAUGAGAUGAUCCAGAGCCAGUCCAAGUAUGAAGAGGACAAGAUAAACCGUGUAUACCAACGGAAGAGAUCCUUGCCAGUGGUGAGUCAGUGCAGAUAUUCCCCUGAGCCUAUCUUGGAAGAUGAACUACUCUUCACAGCUUGUGAUAUAAACUCUCAAGUCACUAAUGGUCUACCACAAGAGCAAGAUCCAAGAUUGUCAUUAGUAGAUGAGCCAGUUAUAACACCAUCAUAUGCACCUUUGGUAUACAGUGAACCCAAUGGUGUACCCCAGUCAGGCACGGAUUACAUGGCACAUUCUCUAUCCAAUGACCCGGCACUAAAUGGGAAUCAUUUCACCCGCAGCCUCGAAGUGCAGACCGACCUGAGCUACGUUCAGGAGUCUAUUGAGAUGCGCAAGGAGAGGAUUGUGUUCUUGUUUCUGGAGCACUGGAGAAAGUACACUAUGACAGAGUCUUACAGACCCAAGUACAAAGAGAGAAGAAUGAGUCAAUCAGUGGGGAUGGAUGGCUCCCAGGCUAACAAUAACCAGUUUGAACUGGAUGGGAUUGCGGAUGACCAGCUCCUGCACUUCAUGAAACAGAGACAGGUAGUAGGGAACCUGCUUGGCCACUGGAGGGCCAUUAUGAGCCAGGUACCCUCGCGUCAGAUCCGUCGGCUCAGUCGUGCUCAAAUGAUCUACUGGCCCGAGCAUUUUCUCCCUCAUCUAAAUGGGGCUCCAGUUCGUUAUGAGAACCUGACCCUUGAUCUUUUCAUGCUUGGCUACUUCCAACUGCUUGAGAUGAACAUGUCUCGCAGUGAACGGAAGUUCAGACACUUGCUGUGCUAUGAGAUGUUUGAUCGAAUUGGCAGCCAUCCUUGGGAAGUGAUCCGUGAAUUCCACCGUGAAGUGAUGGAAAGCAUUGAGAGAGGGAAUUGUGAUUGGUCAGAUGGCUUUGAGGACAUUAAGCUGAAAUAUUUUGGCAACACUACAGAGGGGGAAGGGCUGUUGGGGACCACUCAGAUUGGUUCACCAAAGAGAAUUCAGGAGAUCCUAGACUCACAAAAUAUAUGCGAGACAACAACUGAACAAGAGUCUCUUAUAAAGGCUGAGCAAAAUUCAACAAAAACACCUGCAUCUGACAAAGCACAAGCUUUCACCCAGGAGUCUAUACAGGACACAGCAGUCAAUGUUUCAAAAAAUGAAGCAAACCAUACAGAGCAGAUUAAUGAGUCUACUACACUGGACAGUGAUCAAAAUGCAGAUAUACUUAAUGCAGAACAGCCAGAGAUCCAGACAACCAUACAAGUGACUGUUGAAAAACCUCUGCCUGAACCCGUCAACAUUCAUGCUGAGAAGCAGAUUCCAGCAAAAGAUAAUGAAGAGCUGAACGAGGACUCAGUAAAGCUUAUUUAUGAUCUUAAAGAGUUUAGCAAUGAGGAUAUAAUCAGAUACAUUGAGCGAAGCUUUGCCUUCUGGAAGGAAAAGGAAGCAGAAUUGUUUGAUAUCUGAAAUAUUAUUUGAUUAAAAUGAGAAAAUUUUAAGUCUUCAGAUAAAGCAUGUAAUGGGACGAAAGUUCUGAACAGUCAUGCAAGAGAUUUGUUUAGAGAAAGAAUCUGAGCAUUUCUUGACUGAAAAAUGAUCGAAUGCAGGUUACCUCUGAACACUGCAAACAUAGCGUCCACCUAACUAUAAUGUAGGGUUAAUUGAUGGAAGUCAGAUGUUUUUAAUUGGGAUUCCAAUUUUAAUCUGAUGUCCAUAUAGAAGGGCUAUGUUAAAUGUGGUGUUGGGAAAAAUGUUUGGAGCAAGUAUAGAAAGUCCUCAGUCAAUGACCUGAGUGGAUUUUAUGGAAUAUAAUGAUAUAUAGAAAUAAAAAUAGGGUUUUGUGACUCAUGGUCAAAUUGUAGUCUUGGAUGGUGGUGGGUAACUCAAGUGGGCCAAACAGGAAAAUGAUGCUGGAUAUGCAGGUCAAGCCACAAACAAAUGACCAAUAUUUUUCUUUGAUUCUUAUAUAACCCAGGUCCCUAGUAGCUGGUAUAGAGAGUAAUUAUUUCACAAUCAGAUAAACAUAACAUUUUGACCAUUUCCAGCUAAAUCUAGAUGAAAAUUAAUUAAAACUAAUUA